ACAUAAUUUAUUUUCUCGCAAAGUCUGAAACGAGAAAUGCAUUUCACCUUUACUCCCAAACAGUCCCUAAUUCCCUCCAAAUUAAGGAAUCUACAAAAAAGAAAGAAACCAUCGGUGGAGAUGGUAAAGUAAAUACUAUUAGCGACCGCAGCUGGCGCGAAACCACACUGCAAGAUCUCAAAACCUCCAGAGAUCUAAUCUGAACCCACUGAAUUCCAAGCUUUCGUUGGCCCAAAAGCAAAAGCGUCAAGAACAAAGUUAAAUAAAUAAAAACAGGGAAGGAAAAAUGAAGAACACGGCGCAGUCUUGGUUCCUAGGAGGACCCAGCAGCGGCGGUGUCGAUCAACAGAAAUCGCCGUCUUUGUUGGCGGAUUGGAAUGCCUACGCCGCUUCCCAAGACGCUGAUUCUUCCGCUCUUGGGUUCGAUCUCGAAGCCGCUGUCCGUACUACCUCCGAUAAAGUCAGCGGCACCUUUAACGUGGUCUCAAAAGGAGUCAGAGACUUACCAGGCAGCUUUCAAUCUGCAACUAGCAAUGUCCCAUCUGGUAAAUCCUUAAUGUAUUUUGGGGUGUUUCUUGCUGCUGGAUUGUUCUUUGUCUUCAUUGCGUUCACCAUGUUCCUUCCAGUGAUAGUACUGGUGCCGCAGAAGUUUGCUAUCUGCUUUACAAUCGGUUGUGCGUUAAUUGUUGGCUCAUUCUUUGCCUUGAAAGGUCCUCGAAAUCAGCUUGCACACAUGUCCUCCAAAGAGAGGCUGCCUUUUACUUUGGGUUUUGUCGGCAGCAUGGUGGGAACUAUUUAUGUUUCCAUGUGGCUUCAUAGUUACAUUCUUUCUGUGCUGUUCUCUGUAUUACAGGUCAUUACGCUAUCUUACUAUGCCAUGUCCUACUUCCCCGGAGGAUCUGCUGGAUUGAAAGUUCUUUCUUCUACUCUUGCCUCAUCAGUGUUGAGAUGCUUUGGGAGGUGAUAUUGGUGUCUGGUUUUUUCAUAUAGUAGUUUGGUCGUUCAUAAGUUACAGCUUUCUACAAGAUUCAGGUUCUUCCAGUAUCACUUGUUGUGCAACAUUUUAAGAUAUAAUUGAGUUGCUCUUCAAAUGGUAAAUUCAAAUGUGAUUCACCUUAUUAUAGGGAGAUGAUAAAUUAUUGUACAUUUUUUGCCUCUAAAAUCAAAAUAGCAGACGUGGUAACAUUGCAUUUUUUCUAAUA